GCAAGAGGCGAUAUCCUCUCUCCGAAAGGUCACGAAGUAGCAUGAUUCGUUGAUGCAAGCAGACGCGCCGAGAGCCAACGAUGAAACGCAAGGAAGCGACGACAAAACGAAAGAUGCAAAUCAAAAACGGAUCCGUCCGAUCGAAGGAACUGGAAGCCCACGGAGUCUCUAUGGAUAUGGAAACGUCCUGGGCAGCUCAAGAGCUGACGUCCACGUACUCCAAUCUGAACGACACGGCCCGAUUCCAGCAGAAGCAGCUUCAGGAGAAGGAACAGAAGCUGCUGCAGCUGUACGACCAGCAACAGCAGAGGGCUUAUCAGGUGGUGCAACGAGGCAGCGCCGGUUCCAAUAACUCGAAUCAUGGUUCCUCUGUCAGUCAUACCGUCACAAGGACUUCGACCAGCAGCCACUCAACCUCGACCUCGCAAGGUGGUAAGGUGAGGCAGAUGUUCGACGAAAGACGCCAGACGACCGUAAAGGGCAUCGACAGGAGCUACCCGCUGGAACCGCUGGAGAACAAACCACGGAAACAAACGAACGGAAACGCGGUGCAGAAGAACGGAAAUUUGACGGUGAACCGACACUCCGUGACUGUGAAGCGUGUGGCGCGGGCUGACGUGAACAGUAAUUUGAAUGGCGGCAAACCGGUCGUCUCGUAUCACGAGGAAAUCACUCGUGAAUCGUUUGGACCUUCUGGACAGCAACACCCGGACGACGACGAGUUCGGGAACGAGAACCAUGUGGCGCAAUAUGCAAAUGGGAACCACCGAGACGAGACACACAUCGAGGAGGUUCUGAAUGAUGACACGAUAGAGAGGAAUCGCAUGAUGGCGAAACUUCACUUGAUGCAGUACGACGAAACGCUGAAACACCGCGUUAAAAACGAUCUCGAAAGCGAGGAAUUCCCGGAGGACUUUAUGGUGGAUGUUCCCGACAAGCUUCCGAAACAAAGUGUUACCAAGAAGCUGUCUCAAGCGGAAGCUAGGUUGGAGCGUUUCAGGAACGCGAACGCGAAACGAAAUAACAGCAUCGCGAAAAAUACAAACACGAUCGGCGCCCCGAAGAAACGGUUCGACCCGAUAUAUCCGGUAAAGUCUACUCCCAGCAACAGAGGCAACGACGGUAGGACGAGGAUUGGUGAGAACAGAAGAAGGAAAGGAUUCGCGAUCGAGAACGUGGAAGAGACCGUGUCGUCGUCGGAGUCUGAGAAAACUCGAAUGAGCGAGAGUCCAAAAUUCUUUUGCAGAGAGUCUGAAAAAUCUGCCACUACUUACGCGAUAGAUUCGAGAGCUGUUGGGAAAUCUUCGAAGGAUGUUAAACGUAACGUGGUGAAAAUAGGACCAAAGAGAAACGAAGAUUGGUUUUCAGAACCCAAUGAAAACGAGACAGAGAGAUCUGUGAUUGUUGGUAUCGAUACAGUUGACAGGGAUAUUAAAUCUCCUGGGCCUGGAAGAAUCAGCGGAAGUUCUUCUCCGGAUAGUUUGAAACACGACACAAUGAGUUGCAAGAAUAUUGAAAGCAAAAGUCGCUUGAAAUCGGUCAGUGUUUUCGAACGAUUAACGAGGGACCGUGGUGCUAGUCCUCGAUACGAAUCUGGAACUGUGAAUUUAAAAAGCGCGUUUAAAUCUCCGGAUCCUCCUGAGAAGAUUGUAAGAAAACGCAGCAACAGUCCGAUAGUUCUUCGAAAACACGAUCGUCGAAGUGUUCGUACUGCUGCACCAAAAUCGCCAGUUUUCAGAAAGUCCAGUCCUCGGUUCUUUUCCAGUGACGCGGAUAGAUCAGCCACCAUUAUGCUGGUGACGCCAGAAACGAUAACAAAAAUGAAGACAAGAUCGCCAACGCCUGCAAGCAAAGAUGGUCAAAGAUCCUUUGGCAAUAGGUCUGACUUGGCAGUCAAGGAUAGAAUUACUUGGCCAAGUAGAAGAUCGUCCAAGGAGAACAUCGACGAAAGCUCUAGAUUUAAUAUACGAAGUUCGGUAUCGCGAUUCUUCGCUGAACAAUGUGAAAAAGCUUCGAGAAAUAUCGAUGCAGAAAACAGUAUUCGAUCGUUGCAAACUGAUAGAUGCUCCGACAUGUCACGUAGUUCUUCGCCAGUGUCGUUAAAAGACGUAAACAUUGUUACUCCAGGAAACAGAAAUUUAUCAUUUUUAAACAUUGAAAAUGGAAAACCUACCAGGACGAUGAAAGUAGGUGAGAAGCCUGGGACAACUGUUAGUUUCAAACCGAGGUCUUCUAUAGAUAAAAGUGAUUUACGUCCUAAAAGUCCUCGAUCAGGAUCGAGAAGCAAGAGUCCAGAAUUCUUUUGUUACGAGACAGAGAAAUCUGGAACGACUGUUAGUCUCAAACCAAAGUCGACGAUGAGUUCAAUGGACGAACGUUCUAAAAGUCCUCGAUCAAGACCAAGCAGCUCUACAGAUGUUCAUCUUAAAGGUAGAUCAUCAAAGAGUAGUCCUGACACGUUCAGUAUACCUAAAGAUGUAGAAGUAACUGGUAGUAUCAGUAGGAAGAACAGUCGCGAGUCGUCACCAAGGUUACAGAAGAUCGUAGACAUCAGAAGCAAGAGUCCAGAAUUCUUUUGUUAUGAAACAGAGAAGUCUGGAACAACUGUUAGUCUCAAGCCAGGAUCCUCUAUAGACAUAACUGAGGAACGUUCUAAAAGUCCUCGAUCGAGACCAAGUAGCUCUUCAAGUGUUCCUCCUAAAGGUAGAUCAUUAAAGAGCUCUGAUAUGUUGAGUAUCCCCAAAGAUGUAGAAGUAACUGGAAGUAUGAGUAGGAGGAACAGUCGUGAAUUGGAUUCCAGAAGCAGAUCACCAGAAUUCUUUUGUUACGAGACAGAAAAGUCUGGUACAACUGUUAGUCUCAAGCCAAGAUCCUCUAUAGACAAAACUGACGAACGUUCUAAGAAUUCUGGAUCAAGACCAAGUAGCUCUACAAGUGUUCAUUCUAGAGGCAGAUCAUCAAAGAACCCUGACAUCUUCAUUACUCCUAAAGAUGUAGAAGUAACUAAAAGUAUGAGUAGAAAGGACAGUCGUGAGUCGUCACCGAGAUUACAAAAGAUCGUAGACAUCAGAAGAAAGAGUCCAGAAUUCUUUUGUUACGAGACAGAAAAGUCUGGAACAACUGUUAGUCUCAAACCAAGAUCCUCUAUAGACAAAACUGAUGAACGUUCUAAAAGUCCUCGAUCGAGACCAAGUAGCUCUCCAAGUGUUCCUCCUAAAGGUAGAUCAUCAAAGAGCCCUGACAUCUUCAGUAUCCCUAAAGAUAUCAAAGUAACUGGAAGUAUGAGCAGGAGAAACAGUGAUGAAUCAUCACCAAAAUUACACAAAAUCGUAGACAUCAGAAGCAAGAGUCCAGAAUUCUUUUGUUACGAGUCAGAAAAGUCUGGAACAACUGUUAGUCUCAAACCAAGAUCCUCUAUAGACAAAACUGAUGAACGUUCUAAAAGUCCUCGAUCAAGACCAAGUAGCUCUCCAAGUGUUCCUCCUAAAGGUAGAUCAUCAAAGAGCCCUGACAUGUUCAGUAUUCCCAAAGAUAUUAAAGUAACUGGAACUAUGAGUAGGAGGAACAGUCGUGAAUUGGAUUCCAGAAGCAGAUCACCAGAAUUCUUCUGUUACGAAACAGAAAAGUCUGGCACGACUAUAAGCUUCAAACCAAAAUCCACGAUGAAUUCAAUGGAUGAACGUACUAAAAGUCCUCGAUCAAGACCAAGUAGCUCUCCAAGUGUUCCUUCUAAAGGUAGAUCAUCAAAGAGCCCUGAAAUCUUCAGUAUCCCUAAAGAUAUCAAAGUAACUGGAAGUAUGAGUAGGAGAAACAGUGGUGAAUCUUCACCAAAAUUACACAAAAUCGUAGACAUCAGAAGCAAGAGUCCAGAAUUCUUUUGUUACGAGACAGAGAAGUCUGGAACAACUGUUAGUCUCAAACCAAGAUCCUCUAUAGACAAAACUGAACGUUCUAAAAGUCCUCGAUCAAGACCAAGUAGCUCUCCAAGUUUUCAUCCUAAAGGUAGAUCAUCAAAGAGCCCUGACAUGCUCAGUAUCCCAAAAGAUAUCAAAGUAACUGGAACUAUGAGUAGGAGGAACAGCAGUGAAUUAGAUGCCAGAAGCAAAUCACCAGAAUUUUUUUGCUACGAGACAGUAAAGUCUGGCACAACUAUGAGCUUCAAACCAAAAUCCACGAUGAAUUCAAUGGAUGAACGUUCUAAAAGUCCUCGAUCAAGACCAAGUAGCUCUCCAAGUGUUCAUCCCAAAGGUAGAUCAUCAAAGAUCCCUGACAUCUUCAGUAUCCCUAAAGAUAUCAAAGUAACUGGAAGUAUGAGUAGGAGAAACAGUGAUGAAUCAUCACCAAAGUUACACAAAAUCGUAGACAUCAGAAGCAAGAGUCCAGAAUUCUUUUGUUACGAGACAGAGAAGUCUGGUACAACUGUUACUCUCAAACCAAGAUCCUCUAUAGACAAAACUGAACGUUCUAAAAGUCCUCGAUCAAGACCAACUAGCUCUCCAAGUGUUCCUUCUAAAGCUAGAUCAUCAAAGAGCCCUGACAUGCUCAAUAUUCCCAAAGAUAUCAAAGUAACUGGAACUAUGAGUAGGAGGAACAGUAGUGAAUUGGAUGCCAGAAGCAAAUCACCAGAAUCUUUUUGCUACGAGACAGAAAAGUCCGCCACAACCAUAAGCUUCAAACCAAAAUCCACGAAAGAUUCGAUGUACAAACGUUUCAAUAGUCCUCGACCAGGCUCCACGGGUGUUCAGUCUGGUAGAUCGUCAAAGAGCCCUGACGUAUUCUCUGCGCCCAAAGACACCAAAGUAGCCUCUCGAAGAGGAUCUGGCAAUGUCCUACGGUCGACCAAACUCAUUCGUGACAUUAUAAAACACCAAAAACAUAAGGAUCACGGUGAUCGUACUUUGGGAAAAGAUACAAAAACUUCGCGUAGAUCUUCCGUUGCGUUCGAAGACACGACAGAAGGAAGACACCAUGCAAUGGAGGUCGAAACUGUUGAACUCGGGGCGAAUAGAAACCUAGAAUACGAAACUCUCGCUCCGGAAUCGAGUCCUAAGAGCUCGCUUUCCGUGGAGGUGGACGCGGAGAUUCAAGAAAUCACGAUGCCCGAUCAAUACGUGGAACGAGGGAAACUUCAACAGGAGCAGCUUCGAACUUAUUCGAGAUCCUCCGAUAAAACAACGCAAAAUUUCGCGGAGACAAAGGCUGAGAACGCGUCCACGUAUUCCGUGCGUAAACCGGGCAAAAAGAGAGGAUCCCUUUUCGAGUCGAAUAUCUUCGAGCCGUCGAAGAAGCAUCAGCAGACAACCGAGCAUCGAAGAGUCUCCAAAUCGAGCACGACUGUCAAUUCGAAGCGUCUGGAACAAAAUACAACAAGGAACGAACGCUCCAGUCCUUCUCCCACGAGCGAAUCUGGAUUUCGUGGCAGGAAACGUCAAGAGAAAACGUCCCAAAAGCGAGCUCAAGCUUUAGGGUCCAUAGAACUGGUUCGAAGGAUCAUGAGAGAAACGCACUCGGAGCAGGAGGACGCAAGAAAUAUCGUGGGUGAGUUUAUCAAAUACGAUGGAGACUCCGACAGGAAUUAUGAGAGAACGGAUUCCGUGGAGUCGGCACUCAGACGUUUCGAUUCUAUUGGCAAAGAACUUGGCGCAGCGUCCGCUCAAAGUACGCUGGAACGAGGGAAAGAAUCGGUAGCGGAGAAAAGACAAACGCUGGACGAAUCGAGCGGGAUUGAAGGCUCAGCGGGUGGCUCGAGGACGAUUUCUCUGAAAGCACUCGAUCGUACGAAUGUAAAUUUUCCGCGGAGCCCGGAGACGUCGAGGACGUCUUUAAAGAGGAUUCCAAUGACGAUCGAGACCCAAGAAGGAGGACAGAAGAAGCUUGCGAGGGCCAGGGACUCGAUAGAGAUCGCUGAAAUCGUCGUAAGAUCGAAAUCGCCCGCGUGCAGACGAAGGCUCUUCCGGGGCGAGGAUUUGGGGGAGGGAACCGGAAACGGAAGCUCGAGGUCGACGAAAACUGCGGAACGUGUUUCGAAGCCCGGUAAACGCGACGCGAUUGAUUCCGUGAAAGUAACCUCGAAAUUCGUGAAAACCGCCGCGGGCGACGGAACGUCGAUGAAAAAGUCGGACGAAAGAAAAGAGGAGGCAUCAACGGGUGAAUUCACGUCCGUGAAACAGCUGAGAUCGAUCGAGGAUAUUCGGAAAUCUAUCGAGAACGAGAGUCCAGGUCGCAAAGCGCGGGAAUCGUGGUCUAGGUCAGCCAUUGCGAACGACGUUUCAAAAUGGUCGAGCGCGGGCGAAACGCGUCGGGAAAAUGGCGUACGCGUUGGAAACAGAAAGGAAGCAUCCUUGCCAAAACGAUCAGAGAAUCUUAGCGCGGGCAAUUGUUUAAGGGACUGGGAUCGUUCUUUCUCCAGGGUUGCGAAAAGUCCGAGUCCAGAUUCGAGCAGAGCGACGGAAACGCCGGGCAACCGUACAAGAAGAAAUGUUCCACCAUCGCCGUCGAAAAGCCCGGACACGGUGUCGAGGCGUCCCUCCACCGACUCGAAAGCUCAAGAUACAAAAUCGACGAAACGACCAGCGCCUAUGAAAGGCACAGAGCCAAUUGGAAACAGGAAGACGACGACGACGACUACGAGAAAAUCGACGGAUGUCGUCGAUGGCCCUGUUCUCGAGAAUGGUCUGCAUUUACGAGACCAAACUGCCGAAACGAAAUACGAUAACGACUCGCCGACGACGAAGAAGAGCAACGCUUUUGUCAUCGACUUCGACGAGCAACCGCCGAAGGAAAACGAUGGGUCACUUCCGAGGAAACCGCGGUUAAGAAAACAAUCUAUGGAAAAGCAAACACCUUCCACGCAAUCUGGUCGGCCACCUUCGUCAGUUUCGUCCACCUCUAGCGGUAGCACCAUGCAGAGCCACGUUUCCAGUCCCAAAAGUAGAAUGGCGUCGAAAGUGCACGCGCCAGCUUCCGCUACAACGGCGUCGAAAAGAUCAGCUUCCACCAGAGGCGGAGGAAACAUGUGUGCCACUGACCUUUUGGUCCCCUGUAAAAUAUGUGGACGCCGUUUUGCUCAGGACCGCGUGACCCUUCACGAGCAAAUUUGCGCGAAAACGGGCCAGAAGAAGAGGAAACAAUUCGACACGGUGAUGUUCCGAGUAAAAGGUACCGAGCUAGAGAAAUUCGUGAGAAAAGGGCACUGUAAAAAGCAGCCCGAGAAACCACCGGAGGUGAAGUCGAACUGGAGACGCAAGCACGAGGAUUUUAUUAACGCCAUACGCUCGGCCAAGCAGGUGCAGGCACACCUGGCUGCGGGGGGCAAGCUAAGCGAUCUGCCGCCCCCGCCUGCCAGCGACACCAGCGAUUACAUUCAGUGUCCACAUUGCGGAAGGAAAUUCAACAAGGCCGCCGCCGAGCGUCACAUUCCCAAAUGCGAGCACAUGUUGCACAAUAAACCGGUACACUCGCGAGCACCGAAACCCAAACGCUAAUUAUCUCCGGGCGAACGAUAAAACUUCAUUAUGUAUGCAUGUACAUCGAUCGAGAACAGGAUAGAUCGAACUGUUUUUGCAUGAUAAAAAGAAACAAGUUUUUUAACGAAAUCAAUCUCUUCGCGUAAAUUGCCACGGAACCGUCAGACACUAUCUCAAUUCCCACCAUUUUUGGCCUUGACGUUCGUAUCCUGUCCACGAUCGAUCCGCCAUUUUAUACGAAUGUAAUUUCUGCCUUACGGACUUCUUAUACAAUUUUUUACGAGAUUUUCUAUACUCGACCCUCUAUUUACAUAACCGAAUGGACUUCAUGGAUUCCCAAUACUCGUAGAAACGCGUAGUAAACUAAUAAAAAACGUGAUAUGCGAUCAUUUGGUAGCUGCAGCUUUCGCUCGAGCCAUACGAGUAUGCGUGCGUGUACAUGGAGUAAAUGUAUUUUGCGAUCACCUUACCAAUAAAAUACGAAUUUUGUCUACACACUGUACAUACUGUACGUAAGGAAACGAAUUUUAAUAAAUUGAUACGUAAUUUGUUCUACUUAGCAUAGAGACGAGAGGACCCACGGAUCUUCUUUUCGUCCAGAAUAAAUUUAAUAACUAGAACUUAACUUUUUUUGUUACAGUAAUACUAGAGUUUACGAAUUGCAAAGAAGAGGAGAUUAAAGUUUGUAAAAUUCGAGGGCGUUCCAAUUCGACGAUGGUCUCCAAGAAAUGUUGACAAUUUGGAAUGCUAAACUUAUACGUAUUUAUAUUCUUUUAUACUGUAGCGUUAGGAAAUGUUACGAGUAUUUGUAACUUUAUAAUCAAUCCUCCCAAAACGUAUAGCUUUCUCAUAAUAAUCGUACGUGAUUAGUGAAAAUCGCUUGGAAUACAAGGAUUAAUCAUACGAAAUACAGCUUGAUUAAUACUACAAGUAUUGUGAUUUAUUUUAUAAGUUUUCGUCGAUAUAGACCGUCUUAUAAAAACGAACGUGGAUUUUUAUAAUGAUUAGGAACGUUAACGUACGAGAAUGUUAUAACAUUAUUGUUAUAAUCAAA